CCAGGAAAAGGGAAUUAGUGGUGGCCCCUACCCCAGCACAAUCACCUAAAUCAUUGCUUGAGGCUUGACUAAUAUCAGGUACAUCAAUGUUGCCUGAGGGCCCUGCUGUUUAGACAGAGGCCCCACCCACAAGAGAGACAAACACUGAAGUGAGAGGAACUCACCAGACAACUAAACAUCACUAACUGCAGCACACGCGCAUGAUUGCACAAAAUACAGUAAAUACUGCAACAAACUUCUAGACCGGUCUGUCAACAGGUGUGGAGUGCACAUUGGCUCUCUGUGGACUACAUACUCCAGAGACGACACCACUGCCACAAACAGAACAAUGAAUAUGGACACUGCUCAAGAACGCAAGCCAAAAAGACCUCACUACAUCCCCCGACCACCAGGCAAGCCCUUCAAGUACCAAUGUUUCCAGUGCCCUUUCACGUGCAAUGAGAAGUCCCAUCUCUUCAACCACAUGAAAUACAACCUGUGCAAAAACUCCAUCUCUUUGGUGUCUCAAAAAAGUGGGCAAACUGCCAGACAGGCCAAGCCUCUUGCAAAGGAAGUCACUGCAAAACCUGAGGACAGUAAGAGCCCCGGUCCAGUAGCUCAAACCAUUAGUCCUGAAAAAUACGUAUAUGAGGGAAAACACAAAAACGAAGACACGAAAAGCAGCAAUGACACAGAAGAAGUAGACAAUGGGUGUGAUAGUCCAGUCAAUAAAGACGUCCAGACUGUGACAAGACCAAAUAUAACCACAGAAAGAGAGAACACGGAGAACAAUGACGCUAACACUCUGCCUCACCAGUCUGCCUUCUCCCCAGUCACACCUAACCGUAAUGGAGCUGAGGCCUUGAAGCCAACUGUCCAGCCAACAGAUGAUUUGUCCACGCCAGUCCAAACUUUCAGCCACCCAACGCAUCCAUGGGGCACAAUUUCAUCAUCUGUUCCUUUAAAACCACUUUCCCCUCCUAUGGCUUCUGAAUAUUCACCUUAUAUCCUGCCCAACAGACCUCUGUAUUCACCUUAUUACCAUCCAGGAAACAACCACAGAAAUGAGCCAAAUUCUCCCUCUUUCUGUCCAGAGUUUGUGGAUCUCCAGAGGACAGUGGCAACACAACCCAUCACUGCACCUCACACUUCGUUUUUAACCCCAUAUCCAUACCCAUACAGAUACUGCCACUCCCUUCAUCCAGGACCCCAGCUUCAUUACAGCCUGUACAGAACCAAUGACAUUUCCAUGCCAAUCCCAGGAUCCAGGUAUCUGCCUUUGGAUUUGUAUAGUCCAAGUCUUGGUCCUAAAGACUAUGAAUUAUUCAUUCAUUUGCAUCCAAAUCACAACACACCAGGACAGGGUGAGAGCAACCAUGGACAAAGUGGUGACAAGGCCACUAGGCUGAGCCCUAAAGAGGCCUCUUCAGCCCUGGGUUCUCCUGACAGACCCAAUCAUGCAUUCCUAUUACAGAGAGAUGGAGAGGCUCCACAUUACACCAGUCUGGGUAAACCUCAGUCCCAGCCAGGACAGACACCCUUGCAACCCAACAAAACAAACAUACGACAAGAGGAUUCUGUGCAUUUAACCACGCUACAUGUUGAUGGAGGGUCAGUGUCUGUGUCUGAGCAAUCUUGUAACACCACAUCAGAACAGGAAGAGGACAAUACAGAGGACUUGGCUCCCCUCAAUCUCUCAAAGAGGAAUCAGGAUAAUGAGAACAGUUCGAAUAACUACAGAACAAAAUAUUUGAUGACAGAAAAACUGAAGGGAGAAGAGGCGCCUCUUAACCUCAGUCUUCGACCUUCACAGAGCAGCCGCGAACAAGCUCAUCCAAGUAGCAUUAUGGGGGUUCUUCGGCAGAGGCCAAAUAAUGAGUCGAAUGAAGAACCUUUAGACCAGAGGCAAACUGCAGCACUUGCACUCUGUCAGCUUGCCACUGCAAGGUCUGCUACUGCUUCCUCUGACAUCGCCACUGCAAAUGCUUCCUUUGGUUCUGCAGAUACCGGAUCCCCUGGUUCUUCAUCAAACACCAAACAUCAAAACAAGGCAGUCACAAAAAGGCUAAAAAGAGCAGAAAGUGGCCAGGCUGCAAACAAUAACCAUAAACCAAAUAAGAGAGCGAAGGGGUCAGGAAGAGCUCUGAGGAGGAGACCACGCUGCUGCUAA